CUGAGAAUGCCACGCUCCUUCCUGGUGAAGAGUAAGAAGGCUCACACCUACCACCAGCCCCACAUCCAGGAGGAUGAGCUGGCCUGGCCUCCUGCCCUGACCCCUGUGGCUGGGGACCAGGUCCUGAGCAAUGGCCCUGUCCUCAGCACCCUGUUCACAAACCAGUGUCUGGAUUGGACCAGCCUCAAACGGGAGCCCAAGCCGGAGCUGGACCGGAGCCUGACCAGGAUGGCCUCAGCACCAGAGGGCCCUGUUGUGAUGUCACGAGCUCAGGACGGUGACUCGCCACCCUCUGACUCACCCCCAUUCUACAAGCCCAGCUUCUCCUGGGAUGCCCUGGCGUCAUCCUAUGGCCAUAGCUACCGGCAGGCCGCCUCUACCAUGCAGUCUGCCUUCCUGGAGCGCUCCGUCAGCCUGUAUGGUAGCCCACUGAUGCCCAAUGCCGAGCCCCCCUUGGACUUCAGCCUCCGCUACUCCCCAGGCAUGGACACAUACCACUGCCUCAAGUGCAACAAGGUGUUCUCUACCCCCCAUGGGCUUGAGGUUCAUGUCCGCCGCUCCCACAGUGGGACCCGGCCCUUCGCCUGUGACAUCUGUGGCAAAACCUUCGGCCAUGCUGUGAGCCUGGAGCAGCACACACACAUCCACUCCCAGGAGCGCAGCUUCGAGUGCCAGAUGUGUGGCAAAGCCUUCAAGCGCUCAUCCACCCUGUCCACUCACCUGCUCAUCCACUCGGACACACGGCCCUACCCCUGCCAGUUCUGCGGCAAGCGCUUCCACCAGAAGUCCGACAUGAAGAAGCACACCUACAUCCACACCGGUGAGAAGCCACACAAGUGCCAGGUGUGCGGGAAGGCCUUCAGCCAGAGCUCCAACCUCAUCACCCACAGCCGGAAGCACACAGGCUUCAAGCCCUUCACCUGUGAGCUGUGCACUAAGGGUUUCCAGCGCAAGGUGGACCUGCGGCGGCACCGCGAGAGCCAGCACAAUCUCAAGUGAGGGUGGGUCUGCUCCCCACUCCCGGCCAGCCCACCCUGAUGUCCUGUCACUCGGAGGCAGGCCAGGAGGGAGGCCAGCCUCAUGCACCCAGAUCCUCAGUCUCCUACAGGCGGCACUGGACUAGAAGUCUUCGAGCUUGUUUUGAGACCCACGAAUUUGUUGUGUGACCUCGGGCAAGUCACUUCCACUCUCUGGACCAACAUGUCUCCUGCUGUAAAGUGUAGGAGCUGGGCUGAGUCUUUUCUGAGCUGAAGUCUUCUACAGAUGUAAGAGCUCCAGUGCCUUCUCCAGGGCAGAGCCCCCCAGAGUACCCCAGGUGGACAGAGGUGUCAAGAACGGACCAGAGCUGGAACCAACAGAGAAUCCUCUCCCUGCCUACUGCUCCUCUGGCUGGGAACUGGUUACCUUGGUAUUUAGAGGGCCUCUUUCUGGAAGCCACAAAUGAUCAGAGCUGCCUCUUGCCCCAGUGGGAGGCCUAGUACCCCUCUGCUUCAGCCACACUUGCUGGCCGCCCCAGCUCUGAGCAGCACUCUGCUGCCCACGGAGCUUCCAGUCCUGCUCUCAAGCAGUGGGGCCGGAGAAACCAGCAGUUAUUGCUAUCAGAAGUCUGUUCCUCUCAACUGCUGUAAAUAAAAAUAAAGACACAGAUUCAUUUA